CGUGUGUGGGUUUACUGAUCUCUAAAAGACGCGCUCAAACACCUGCUCCACCUGAGGCGAGGCCAUUUCUCUCAGAAACAUGUUUUAGAUGAUGUUCGGUCAUUCAGAUAAUAGUUUGAAUUACUUUAAUUGAUCUUACCUCACAGUUAACCCGCGCUUCAUGAGGAUUUGACUUUGCAUAAACUCUCAGUGAAAGUGUUAUGGGAGAUGCAUGAACCUCAUACAACCAUUAUCAUAUUUUCAGUGCAGAAAAACAGCUGAAUCUGAAUCCAGGGAUUCGGCCAAAAUAGGAGUUUACUCAUAACACGCACUCGCUGUAGGAGUCUGUUCCUGACGAUAAUGAUCAUGGCCGUUUCUGUGAGGAGAAAACAAUGAUGGAGGAAUCAGUUUAAUUCAGAUGUUUAAUUCAUAACUCUCACAGUCUGAAAAACAUCCACAUCCAUCUCAAGCAAACCCCCAGUGAUGGAUAUAAUGUCGCCUCAGGUGGUGUGAUGACGAGCGAGUGAUGAGCCGCCGUGAGGAAUGUCCGUCUGUCUGCUGCUGGUCCUCUUCACAUUGACCGCAAACACUCAGGUGUCUUCUGGAAAAUCUCUGAAACUGCUGCAGGAGCAAUGGAGGAUCUACACAAAUGAGUGCAUCCAGAGCUUCAUCAGCACGCCGCCGGCCGCAGGGCCGGUGUGUAACAGGACGUUUGAUCAGUACGUGUGUUGGCCCGAUGGAUCGCCGGGCACCACGGUUAACGUGUCCUGCCCUUGGUACCUGCCCUGGUACCGGAAAGUUCACCAGGGGUUGGUUUACCGUGUGUGCGGCGCUGAUGGCAGAUGGGCUCAUGGGAAAAACACCAGCGAGUGUGAGCAGGACGACCCUGGACAGAAGCAGUACGGUCAGAUCCUCAGUAAGUUCAGAGCCAUGUACACCGUCGGAUACUCGCUGUCUCUGGCAGCACUGAUUCUCGCGCUGGCCAUCCUGAUCAGCUUCAGGAAGCUGCACUGCAUGAGGAACAACAUCCACAUGAAUCUGUUCGGCUCCUUCAUCCUGCGCGCCGCCUCCAUCCUCGUCAAAGACGCGCUGCUGGAUCAGAUGAACAGCGCUCAGAGCGGCCCGCAUCACUUCCAGGGGCAGCGCUGGGUCAGCGCUCAGACGGUGAGUGGUUGCCGUGCUGCGAUGGUGAUGAUGCAGUACAGCGUCAUGGCCAACAACUACUGGCUGCUGGUGGAGGGCCUGUAUCUGCACAGCCUGCUGGUCAUCACUGUCUUCUCUGAGAGGAACUACUUCUACAUUUACCUCUGCAUCGGCUGGGGUGCGCCGCUCAUAUUUGUGCUGCCGUGGAUGACAGUCAAAUACCUGUAUGAAAAUGAAGAAUGCUGGGAAAGGAAUAUCAACAUGGGCUAUUGGUGGAUCAUCCGUUCUCCCAUUCUGUUUGCGUAUCUGAUUAAUUUCAUUAUAUUCAUUCGUAUAAUAAAGAUUCUGAUGUCCAAGCUGAAGGCGCAUCAGAUGAGAUACACCGACUACAAGUUCAGGCUGGCCAAGUCUACGCUCACACUGAUUCCUCUGCUGGGAAUUCACGCCAUCCUCUUCACCUUCGUCAUCGAUGAGUCUGUGUCAAAGGAGUCUCUUCUGAGGCUGAUCCGCCUCUUCUACGACCUCCUGUUCAGCUCCUUCCAGGGUCUGCUCGUGGCUAUCCUUUACUGCUUCGUCAACAAAGAGGUCCAGAGCGAGAUGCUGAAGAAGUGGAAGAGGUGGAAACUAGGCAAGGACAUUGAGGAAGAGUACCGACACACCCACAGCCAGACGCCCCAUGCCAAAAGUGGCAGCAUGGUCCCGGUGAUGACCCACGAAUGCCCCGAAACCCCAGAGCUGGCGGCCAUGGCCUCGGCAGAGUCCCAGCGUCUGGUGACGGGCCUUCAGAACGGAGUGAGCCGGACCCGGGGCCGCGCGAGGCUGCAGUUGACCUCCGAGCCACAGGAGGGCGCUAGUAACUGCAGCUCUCUGACAGAAGACAUUUGUUUGGAAGAGCGUCCCCUCAACAGUGAGUGCUCAGCCGCAGUGACAGAAACCAAUGUUUGAGGAAUGUGACGCUGACGGCUGAUUUUAACACUAAUGGAUCAAUGGAGAUGAUGUUACAUUCCAAACAGGCCACUAUCAUGAGAAAGCAUGGAGAUGUGGAUCUAGUAACCUUUAAAAAGAAACCGCAGUUAUCUCCUGAGUUGGUAAAUUACCAAAUAGUAUUAUUUAUUGGUGCCUUCUUAAGGUGUGGGCACAUUUAACGCUGCUUGGCAAAAUUUUGCAGCUGAAAUCCAGUUAUUAAAAGUGCUGGGGAAAGUUACUUAUAAAAGUAAUGCAUUACAAUAUUGUGUUACUCCCUAAAAAAGUUAUUUUUUGGAAAGUAAUGUGUUAGGCUGUGCUGGGCUUGUUUGUUUGUUUUUAUUAUGAAAAAAAAGGCAAAUGUAAAAGCCCUUUUAAACCAAAAGUGAAAUGAGUAAGCUUCAGGCUAAAGGAAAUGUAAAUUCACAUCUAUACAACAGAGGGCGCAGCUCAAACAAACCUUUCUGCUCUGCUGUAAUUCUGGAUUGCAUGAAGAAUAGGAAGCAGCAGAAGAAAGUUCGACACUUUUCAGCGAUUAAAAAAAAGCUAAACACAAAUAUUUAUCUAAAGUAAUUUUUUCUUAUUAGUAUGGGUUUUAAAUUGGGUCAUCGGAGGGCAGCAGAUUAAAUACAUUACAAUACAGUACAUGAUAUCUGUGUUAUUUAACAUUUAAUUAUUGCAGGUUUGCGGCAUAUUGUGAGUUUGUAUUUCACGGCUUUAUUCAUUUUGAGGAAUACUGAAUCUGCUUUUGUGCAAGUGUGAUGAGUAAAUGCAUGCUCACAUUUAGUCGAGAACUGGGUUACUUAUUUGAUAAAGUAACCCAGAUAUUUUUUUGUAAAUUAAAAAGUAAAGCAUUACUUUACUAGCGACUUGGGAAAAGUAAUCUGACUGCGUUAACUUGCGUUACUCGUAAUGUGUCUUACCUCCAACACUGGUCAUUAAAAUAGGAAUCCACAUGAGUGUGAAAAAGUUGCGCAGAUGUCACCUUAUAUUCAAGUAGUUCACAUUUAAUUGCUGCGUCGUCCAACAGAAAGCUGCUUAGUUUGAAUGUGUCUUCUGUGUGAGCUGUGCUUCAUACGUCGUUACACUGUUGACAACAGACAAUGGACUUUUUUUUUUUUUUUGGCUGGGUUUUUGGCUUUGGCCAAUUAUAUUUACUUUUAUGCACUUAGCAGAUGCUCGUUCCUAUUGAGAGAAGCAGAGAGGGUGAAGAGUCUGGAAAACGUCUUCAUGCCUCACUGUGAAGGAACGGCAAGGCACUGCUCAUUCAAUACCAAUGAAAACACUUGGUUAUUUACCCACUCAGGAGUUAAAAACCCCUUUCAUUGUGUUGCCCUUUAAGAAAUGCUCACCAAAACAUCUCACACUGGCAGAUAAGAUGUGAGCAUCCAUAAUUCAGUUCCAUUUCUACUGAACACUAACCACGGACAUAAGAAAAGGAAACUCAUCGCUUGCUCAACAUCAAAACACCUGAGCUUGAUGUUUCCUGUGGAGUGUUCGGUUGGUAUCGUGACCAGGUGCUUUAAUAAAUGGUGUCAAAUUCAAGCAGAUCCUCAGUGGAAGCUUUUAAAGUGACACUGGCUAUAUGUCUAUCCACGCACAUCACUGGAGUGCCAUUCAGACUACCCACAAUUCAUUGGGACAAAAAAAAAAACAGCUCAACUGAGAGCUCAGGAAUGAUCUUUAUGGUUCUUAUGUGAGGCUUUUUGCAUUGUGCAGGAUCUCUAACAGUGUUCCAUUACUUAAACAUGACAUGCUUAAUCAUUCUGUAUUUGGGUGAAAAUUGUGUUUUUCAGCGCAAGACAGAAACAGUCUCUCUGUUCAUGAUGCAUUAUUUACCGAAGCAAACCACAAGGUACGAGAGGUUAUGUUAUGAAUAUACAUUGAUAAUAAUGAUGAUUAUUAUUAUUAUUAAUUACCGGUAUUGCUUUUAUAGAAGAAAUACUACCUAAUAAGGAUGCAAAAUCAUAUUUUAGUGUCACAUGCCAUCUUCUGGCUUGAAGAUGUAGUCCAUGAUAUAACAGAAUGUUGCUAUGCACCAAAUACGCAGAAAUGCAGUGAGUAAGCAGGUGUUUUGUAUCAUAGCUGUUUUUAUAUAGAAGAUUUAUAUAAUGUAUUGACUAAUCAGAAGCCAAAAUUGUUUCUUCAGUUUAUUAGAAUCAGUUAAAAUGAUGCUAAUCAUUUCAAUUUUUAUGCUUAUAAGGUUGACACUGAAAAGAUGAAGUUGAUUUAGUUAAAACCCAACCACUAAAUCUCAAGUGACUGUGUAUCUACGACCAAGCUUCAGUAACAUAUUAAUAAUGCAUCAUAAACACAGAGCUUCGUAUGGAGUCCUGGACGUCAUGUGAUUGUAAUCUGCGUCAUUUGAAUGUUUUUUUUUUUUUGUGCUUUGUGGAAAGCAUUUGUAUGGAAGAGUUAAACUGUGGUACAUGUGUAAAUCAAUUUUGUUAUUGCCUGCGAGAACAAGAAGUAAAGAGGGAGCAAAAAAGAUGUUGAAACCAAAAGGAAAAUUGUAAAAAUAAAACUCCCCGAGUCUGGUUGUUUAGUCUGUUGUGGAUGGCUUUGAUUUACUGUAGCCUGAUGACUGUUUCUUAUGGAGAUCUCUGGGAACUCGUUGAAGCCACUGUGGACCACUGCGGCUCCAUUAAUCACUCACAACACACACUCGGCCAUUAUUACCACUGCAAACAUCCAAAUAUCACCCAUCAUGCAUUGAUUGGCCAAGAACAAAGCAGCUUGAUCAAAAGUGUUAAGUGAAUGUGCAAAUGUGCAGUAAUCAAAGAGAGCCUGUUUGUUUGUGUGUGUAUCUAUCUAUAUCUAU